UCUCCGUAUCGCCGCUUCCCCGGCGCAUGAAGCCAUUGAGCUUUCGCAAUGGAAGCACCCAUGGCGUAUUUUGGCUUCGGCGCGCUUAUGAACCGAGUGUCUUUGCGCCUGCGGGGCGUGGUGCCCAGCGAAAGCCGUCCGGCGCUGCUGCGAAGGUUCCGACUGGUCUUUGGAGGACGCCACGGCAUGGCAACGGUGGUGCCGGAUGAGGCUUCCUUUGUGCAGGGGGUGCUGCACAUGGUGACCCCAGCCCAGAAGGCACAGCUGGAUGCCAGCGAGGCUUCCUACGAGCGUCGGCUGUUGGAGGUGGAAGUGGGUGACGAAAAGGUGCCCUGCACGGUGAACGUCAUGCGCCCAAAGAUCUUGGAGGACUUUGAGGAGACUCUGCCUUCUGAGCGAUACCUUGCCGUCAUGAUCGAGGGCUGUGAGCAGCAUGGCCUCACCAGCUUGGCAGAUAGGCUGCGGAAGCAACGUUGCGUGCCGAGGGUGCCGCCACAGCGCUACUUGACCUUCGGGGAGCCGCUGGAGCAAAAGAUGGUCGGAGACGAGCUGGCGGAGCUAGGUCCGUGCGCUUUUGCCAUCAACGGCAAGGUCUGCGUGGCAAAGCCGGACGCGGGCGAGCACGUGCUGCGGCAGAUUGAAGAGUAUGGUCCAGGCAGAGACCACACGACGCUGGUGGCCCGGGAGUACUACGAGCCUUUGCUCGGGGAGCCCUCGGAGCUCCGCCUGUCGCGUCAGCACCAGGCCUUCUGCGAGCAUCAGCUGGUCAAGCAGUACGGAGCUGAGAACAUUGAGGCCGUGCAACGGCGCUGGGCGUCCAAGUCCUCGAAGCACACCAGGUUCCCAGUUUCGCCUCGCUUCAAGCAGAAGGACUUUGGACUGGAGUGGUUUACCUCAGUCGAGCAGCUGCACGACAGUGGCAGCGUGCGCCGUGGCUCGGUGCUCGCCGCUAUGCCCUACGCCUUUCCCAGUGUCCCCGGCGGCAUGGACGAGUUUGACAAUCUCAGCCCCGUUUGGAAGUCUGCGAGGAAGUUCGCGGCGUUCGCGAGCCACGAGGAGCUCUGGGCUUGCAUUGAGCAGUGCAACAGGCUUCAGCGGCCGCAGAUGUUCAACGAGGUCCUGGAGGAAAAGACGCCGCGCUGCCUUUACUUCGACUUGGACGGCCCUGCAGAGCACAAGCGCAAUCACGACUUCAUCAUCGAACAUCUCCAGUGGUACGUGGAGACCAUCUUCUGCGGGGACAUGAUGGGCUGGUCAAGGCCAGAGCCUGUGGUGCUUCAGUCCAAUCAGGAGAACAAGUACUCCAGUCAUGUACUGUUUCCACAGAUCCAGUUCAAAGACUUCCGGCACCAGAACAAGUACAUGAAGAUCUUGCUGCGAGGGACUGGGUUGUGUGAGGUGAACUUGGACAACAAUGAGAAGCUUCUGCUUUUGAAGCAGCUGGUGGAUCCUUCGCCCUACAAGAGCCUACAGCUCUUCCGCGGGCCUUUCGCGUGCAAGCUGCACGAGGAGGAGCUGACGGAAGCUGAGGAGAGCCGGGCACCGGCCGGAGACGACGCGCUGGUGGCGGACGAGAUGGCCGGGGCGGAGAUCACGGAGAUGUUUCGCGGGCAAGAUCAGCGUCAAGAACCAGAGGAGCUCUAUGGGAUCCGGGCGGGAGAGCUCUUCAAAGGCGAGCCCUACGGCAUCCGGGAGAGGGAGCUCUACGGAACCGAGCUCUACUACCCGAAGGAGGAGAUGAGGUUGAGAGAAGCAAGACCGGAAGGGUUGCCGCCGGUUCCGGAAUCCGGUGAUGAGGAGGAAGUGGCGAGGACACCUUUGAGGGCUGCUCAGGAGGAGACCGCAGCGCAGAGGAGGAAGGCCAGAGCCUUUAUGACACCGGAGGAGCGUGCCGUGGAGGAGAAAAGAGAGCGGGCUUUGCAGGCGGUCAAGGAAGACAUGGAGAAGAAAAGGAGCGGUCUGGAGGUGACGCCUCGAGGAGAUGGCGCAGGGAGCGCCAAGGACCGGGUGGAUUGCGAGGCAGAUGAGAAGGAGCUGGACCGGGUGUUCGUGGAGGAGUACGGAACGGUCAGCAUGAACCUGGCGGAGGCGCUGAGGCAAAGGAACGAGCUGAAGAACAAGGUGGAGCGUCUUGAGCUCGAGAAGGUGGUGAUUGAGAGUGAGGCGGAGCAGCAUAAGCGGAUGGCGGAGCUAUGGAUCUUGGUGUUGGAGCAGCAGCCGCAGCCGCAAUUUCACACGCCACAGCAGGAAGAGGAGGUGAAGCCACCGAGGCCGACGCAGGAGGGAGUUGAGAGCUUUGCGGAGUAUCUCCAGGCGGAAUCCGAGACGGCGGAGCUCUCAAUAGGAGGGAAGGAGGGGGCGCCCAAGAUCAAGGCGAUGGGUGUUGCGGGCAAGGAGGAGACGGUCCCAUGGAGGCAGCAGGGACAAGGAGGAGCGGCUGGUAGCCAGGCGGUGAGCGGUGGAGGGGAUGCUUCGAAGAGGGGCGUCACGACUUCGGCUGGGGAUCGAGGAGCGGUCAGGAAGUCGUUGUGGAGGAGGAGCGGAAACAAGCUGGUGGCGGAGGCAAUGCAGUUACUGUGGAGUCUCUGGAUGAAGAAGCUCAAAGCGGCCAGGCUGUCAAAGAUUGGCGAGUGCCAGAGCUGGCGGACGGGAGGUGGCGAUGCAAAUGACGGAGGCCACAUGAUCUGCCAGGAGGCCACGCAGGUGAUUGUGCCGCUUGGGGCGCUGUAUCUGCUGGGCUACAAGAUCCGGUGGGAGGAGGGGAUCUGCCGAAUUAAACAUGCCAGCCGGGGGCCGCUACCGGUCAGGAUGAGACAAUUCUGCCCCGAGGUCCCUACGGAGGUGGCGUUGAGGUUGGUCGAAGAGUUGGAGGAGUUCAACAAGGGCCUUCUGAGAAGGGCGAUGGUGUCGGCCGAGAGGAGCGACGGAAGGCAGGAAGGAAAGAAGGGUGACAGGAAGAGCCGGAGCGGGGAGGUAGCGAAGGCUUGGAGAGAUGGUGAGAUGGAAAAGGUGAAACAGCUGUUUCCGGAGGUGCCGGAGCCCAUCAUGGAGCAGGCGCUGGGCUCUGGUGGCGGGAAAGGAUCCGCGUGGAACAGGGCGGCGAGGAGGAGGCAUGCAAGGUCGGCAGGAGUGAUCUUGCACUUGCUCGCUGGGAAGAGCGCGAAGAAGUUCAACUACGGCGAACUGGACCGGGAGGUGGUAUCUUGUCGGGCCAGAACAUGCUGGACGAGGACACCUUCGGCUACCUGGCAAAAGCUGGCGGUGGGAGGAAGGACGGAGGGAGUGAUGGGAGGGGACGAGGAGAUCGAUGAUCGCUUUGGAUAUGAGGAGAUCGGUGAGGAGAAAAGGAAGAAGGUGGAGGGCGACACGAUCCUGAUGUUGCGCAUGUGGAUCUUGAGCACCAAGAGCUACGUUCGGGAGGAGGAGUGGCAGAGGGCUAAGGCGCGGGGGGGCGUGCCACCAUCGGUGGUCACGGCGUUGGAAGAGGUGGGCUUCGAGGACGGAGCCAUUGGAGAAAAGCCCCCCCCGGCAUGGUCCACGUUGGCGAUCGAUGUGACGGGCCCGUUUAAGGUGUCGGAAGAGGGGCAUCGCCACUUGCUGGUGGGUUCAUAUGUCACGGCGGUCUCGGGCGGCAUGGCCAAGGAAGAAGAUGUCGCGGCGGAAGAGAUAGGAGACGAGGAUCCGUUUGAGGAGCUGGCUGAGGAGCGAGGAGCGGUCAGAGGAGAAGAGGAAGAAGAGGGAGGAGAAGAAAUAGGGGAGGAAGGCGAGCACUUGGCCCCGGGGGGGCAAGAAGGAGUGGUCACCAGAACUCUCACGCUGGUGGAGCCGCUGAAGAGUCGGAGAGCCGUGGAGGUGAUUGCGGCGCCCCAAUCUAUGGUGGCAAGGCUCCGGUGGUGGGGAUUUGAGGUCACUCGCCUGCACUCGGACCGGGGACGAGAGCUGGUGUCGACAGCAUUGAGAAGGUGGGCGGUGAGUCAUGGGCUGCACCGGACGCUGUCAAGCUUCGAUGAGCCGCAGGCUAACGGUAGAGCGGAGGCGGCUGUCGGAUGGGUGAAGAGGAAGGCAAGGGCACUGCUGCUGGCGGCGGAGGUCAAUCCGAACCUCUGGACCAGCGGGCCUGUCUUCGUGGUUGGUGGAGACUAUGAGGUGGGGAGCAGGACACGCCUGAGGGAAUGGACAGGCUACAGCGUCUUCAAGAAGAAGGAGACGCGGAAUGAGGGGGUCUUGAGCUGGGAGGAGGUGAUGCUAGAAUCGAGCCUGCAGCCAGAGGGCUACUUCGAUGACAACGAACUCACCUGCUUUGCCAGCUAUGUGCACCCCGACUAUGCGUUGGAGCUGCCCAGCCCCGAGCAGAUCCUGGAGUCGAAGCAGGCACUGCGAGAUCUGCAGGAGGACAAGCAGUGGGCUUGGCGCCUGGACAAGGAUCCUGCCCUCUUCCUGGAAGACUUUCGCAAGGAGCCUUGGAGUGGUGAGCUGGACCUUGCAGGCCUCCCGAAGGUGGACAAGUACGAGAUAUUGCUGAAGAACUUGCACUACGCAAGAUCGGAUGACUGGGACAGCUGGUUUCGCAUCACGGGCAUUACCUGCAACAUGCUGCGAGUCUACGAGUACGACGUUGAGGCGCAAGAGAGGAUUUGGGCGGCCCACUGUGAUUGGUCCAGCAUGUCUGCCAAGUUCGACAGCCAUGAGAAUUGGGACCGGAUCAUGGAGGCAAGCCGAUCGGACCAUCUGCCUGGCCUCUGCGCCCUGAUCGAAAUGGUGAAGCAUGACAACCCCGGGCUCCAGGUGCGAGAGAGGCUCUUUAACCUUCACUUCGGCGCUGGGCGCCGUCUGACCAAGCAGGGAGACGCCACGGCAUGA